GGGAGGCAACUUUUAUUUUGAAAAAAAUCACUCCGGGGCGACAUAGGAAGUACUUCCUGUAAGUCGGAGUACGGCUGACUUCACGUAGCGUGUAGCUCCUCAGAACGGCGCCGUAGACGCGUUUUCUGCGCAACUUUUGUAGGAAAACCGAAAAGGCACAGCUGUGUGCGUUCUUAGUCUAUUUGUGUCACUACAUGAUUAGACUUAAAAAUUAUUUUAAAGCAAAAGUGCUUAGGUCAUGCUCCGGAAUUCUGCUGCUUCUUAAAUUCAAAGAUUUUUUUCCAGCAUACAUGGCAGAGUGGAUGCUGUAAUAUCCUUUUGUUUGUAAUUAAAUGCAGUAACAAUUUAGGCGCUUGGUUAUUAAGUAUGGACGAAAUGACAGACGGCUGUUCGGAAGCGGCCCGAUCAAUCCGGCCCAUAGACCGACACUCGGUGCACCAGAUCUGCUCCGGCCAGGUGGUGCUGAGCCUGGCGACGGCUGUCAAGGAGCUCGUGGAGAACAGCAUAGAUGCAGGAGCCACCAGUGUCGAAAUCCGACUGAAAGAGUAUGGAGCGGAGCUGGUGGAGGUAUCGGACAACGGAAUAGGAGUGGAAGAAUCCAAUUUUGAAGGACUGACCCUGAAGCACCAUACAUCCAAACUCCAAGACUUCUCCGACCUCAUUCAUGUGGAAACGUUCGGGUUCCGAGGGGAAGCGCUCAGCUCGCUAUGUGCCCUCAGUGAUCUGAGUGUGGUUACGUGCCAUGAGUCCACUGAGGUUGGCACGCGCCUGGUGUUCGAUCACAAUGGCCAACUCUGCCAGCGCAGCCCCCACCCUCGGCAGCGGGGGACCACAGUUAGUCUACAGCAGCUCUUCUCCACGCUACCUGUACGUCACAAGGAGUUUCAGCGGAACAUCAAGAAGGAAUACGCCAAGAUGAUACAUGUCCUGCAGUCGUACUGCAUCAUCUCCACAGGGGUCCGCAUCACCUGUACCAACCAGACCGGCCAGGGGAAGCGUACCACUGUGCUCUGCACCAGCGGCAGCCAAAGCAUGAAGGAGAACAUCGGAGCGGUGUUCGGGCCUAAGCAGCUCCAGAGUGUGUUACCGUUUGAGCAGCAGUCUCCUACAGAGGACAUCACGCAGGACUAUGGUUUAGACACAGAUUUACCAAAGGACAUUUUGAGUAAAAUCUCUGGAUUUGUCUCACAAGGAGAUCAUGGCGUAGGCCGAAGCUCCACUGACAGACAGUUCUUCUUUAUCAACAAUAGACCCUGUGAUCCUGCUAAGAUUUCCAAACUUGUGAAUGAAGUUUAUCAUGUGUACAACAGGCACCAGUAUCCAUUUGUUGCCCUUAACAUUCAUGUUGCAUCAGAGUGUGUUGAUGUGAAUGUCACACCUGACAAGCGUCAGAUUUUCCUUCAAGAAGAAAAGCUUUUGUUGGCCAUCUUGAAGAGCUCCCUUAUUGCCAUGUAUGAGUCUGGUGUGAAUAGGAUCAGUUCCAGCCAGACAACCUUACCGAUACCAAGUCUGUUUAAGAGAGGUGAUCAUUCUGCCAGUGCAAAUGUUCCAGAAACAGAAGAUGCUCCAGAACCUCUGUCCAACACAAAGUCUUCACUGAACCUAGGUGGCCUAAGGGCUGCAUUCUCGUUGCAUCAGGAUGCAGGUCCAAGGAACCAGAGCAACAGCACAAAAGUCAGUACAUGUGGUCCAACUCAGAAAAAGUUGCAGAGCUUUUUCAGGAAUCCUGGAAAAGACAACACCGUCCCAUCUCGGUCUGCACAGACACCGACGCCAGAUCCAUUAUGCUUUUCAGCUGCGAAGAUGCCUGUUGGACUAGAGGAUGGUAAUAACCUGAAAGCAGACAAUACGAUGGACUCUGGAAGAGGGAGUGUUUUCUCAGAGCAGCCCGCAACUAUGGGGCAAGAAGAAAAUCCACAAAAACCAACAUCAGAAUCCAACUCGCUUGAUGGCAUAGCAAUUGAAACAAGUAUUCAGAGUGAGAAUCUCUGUGAAGAGAGAGAUGAAGAAGACAAAGAGUGUAAAGCAGCGGAAAUCGUUUCUAGUCGGCUUGUUGCGCCCGGCACCCCGAGUCCUCAGAAUAAGAGACCUAAGUUAGAGACCCUCAACUCAGAAAAUAAAGCUCCCUCCACUGGGAUGAACCUGGACACCCCAGUGAAUGUGUUAAAAAAGAUUGUUCCUUUGCGCUUCUCUUUGCCUGAGUUAGGGCAACGUUUGCGAAAGCUGCAAGAACAGAGGGAGGACAAAAUGAACGAGGGACUGAAGUACCGGCGAUUCAGGGCAAAGAUCAGUCCUGGUGAGAACCAAAAUGCGGAGGAUGAACUGAAAAAGGAAAUCAGCAAAGAUGUGUUUAAAGAGAUGGAGAUAAUUGGCCAGUUCAACCUUGGUUUCAUCAUCACCAAGCUGAAAUCUGACAUUUUCAUAAUAGACCAACAUGCCACAGAUGAGAAGUACAACUUUGAGAUGUUGCAGCAACACACAGUCCUGCAAGGGCAGAGACUGAUAGUUCCACAGAAACUAAAUCUUACUGCAGUUAGUGAGACUGUUCUGAUGGAAAACCUGGACAUUUUCAGGAAAAAUGGAUUUGAUUUUCUCAUAGAUGAAGACGCUCAAGUGAUGGAGCGGGUGAAAUUGGUCUCUCUCCCAACAAGUAAGAACUGGACAUUUGGACCAAGUGAUAUUGAGGAGCUCAUCUUCAUGCUAAGCGACAGCCCAGGGGUCAUGUGCAGGCCCUCUCGCGUCAGACAGAUGUUUGCUUCGAGGGCUUGUCGUAAAUCGGUGAUGAUUGGCACUGCCCUGAAUAGGACUGAGAUGAAGAAGCUGGUAACGCACAUGGGUGAAAUCGAGCAACCGUGGAAUUGUCCACAUGGUAGACCCACAAUAAGGCACCUAGCUAACUUGGAUGUCCUCUCACAAGACUGAAGUAUUCGCUCCCGCUCGCUCGGAAAGCAGUGGCUCCACUCUCUGUAAUGAUACGUGUAAUGUCAUAUCAAACUGGUAAUUAUAAGAUUUUAUUCCAUUUUAAAUCAGUGAAAAGGCUUAUAACUAUACUUGAAACUUCUAGUCAAGGCUUAUAUUUUUCUUACAUUUUAUUUUGAUAUAAUUGAUAGAUUUUACCCAGAUCCAGUGAAAAAAUGUUUAAAGUUUAUGCACUCAUGUUAAUUGAGCAGACUACUAACAAUAGCUAGUUGAAAUAUUUUCUGUGUUUAAUAAAAUUUACC